AUGCCUGAUGCCACUGUCAUCCAGGUCAGAGCCUUGGUCCAGAAUCCCCGGGUUUCCACCGAGUGGGCUGAGCGCCAAAUAUUGCAGGUCAAAUGCAAGCGCCCAUCAAGAGACACCCCACGGGGUUGGGAUGAUACCAUCAGUGCCCAGCUCCAUGAUGACCUUUCACAAACUUUGAAUGAUUCUCAGAGAUUGUUCGGAGCCGUCGCCAUUGGCAAGAAAGUGAGAUUCUAUCGGUUUGAUGGACGAGCAGCGACACCCAGCCAAGAAAUCAUUCAACUGCACCAGGGUACCUUCGACAUGGACGACCCAAAUGGCGUCGCGCAGGUUGAGAGCAUGAUGGAUUAUAUCAAGGCAAAUGGGUGGCAGUGGGCCAGCUCCUAG